AUGUCAAACGAUCAUAAUGUUAUUUUGGAAACUUCUAUGGGUCCUAUCGAAAUAGAACUUUACUGGAAUCAUGCACCAAAAACUUGCAAAAACUUUUAUGAACUGACAAAGCGUGGUUAUUAUGAUGGUGUUAGUUUUCAUCGUAUUAUUGCCGAUUUCAUGAUUCAAGGUGGAGAUCCUACUGGUACAGGUCGAGGUGGACAAUCCAUUUAUGGUGAUAAAUUUGCAGAUGAAAUUCAUCCUGGAUUAAAACAUACUGGUGCAGGUAUUCUUAGUAUGGCCAAUUCAGGACCCAAUACAAAUGGAUCACAGUUCUUUAUUACAUUGGCACCUACUCCUUGGCUUGAUGGAAAACACACUAUUUUCGGUCGCAUUGCAGAUGGAAUGAAUAUUGUCAAACGAAUGGGACUUGUGGCUACAGAUUCUCAAGAUAGACCUAGGGAUACCGUCAAGAUAGUGAAGGGACGAGUAGAAUAG